AUGUGGCCAUUCAGCACUAGCUCACCAUUUGUUCCCGCCACCAGCAUCAAAAGUCUUGCGGGUAAAGUCAUCCUCGUAACAGGGGGUAACAAUGGCAUCGGCAAGGAAACGGUUUUGCAGCUCGCGAAGCACAACCCUGAAAAGAUCUACCUGGCAUCAAGAACCGAAUCCAAAGGCCGUGAUGCGAUAGCGUCAAUCAAGGCCCAAACAUCACAAGAUGUCGAUAUCGAGUAUCUUCCCCUUGACCUCACCUCACUGCCUUCCAUCAAACAAGCCGCCGACCAAGUCAUCAGUCACAGCGACCGACUAGACAUACUCGUUUUGAACGCCGGUAUCAUGGCGGUUCCUGCAGGCAAGACAGCCGCAGGGCAAGAAAUUCAAAUGGGCACCAACCACGUGGGCCACUUUUUGUUGACGAAGCUCCUUCUUCCUACCAUGGAAAAGACGGCUAAGGACCGCAACUCUGACGUUCGUGUCGUCUCUCUCUCCUCCGAGGCUUACAACAUGGCCCCAAGUCUCGAUACGAUCCUGUCAACGGAGAAGCUCACGGCUACUGGGACUUGGACCCGAUAUGCAGCAUCCAAAGCGGCCAACAUCAUGUUUGCCGCCGAGUUGGCUCGACGUUAUCCGACGCUGACCAGUGUGUCGCUUCAUCCGGGUAUCAUCAAAAGCGAUCUCUGGGUUCCAAACACCCAGGCUAACCCCCUCAUUAAGUACGGUUCGAUGAUAUUCGGCCCCUUGAUGUUCCAGACUAUCGAAACCGGAGCUUUCAAUCAGCUCUGGGCCGCUGCUGGCGCCAAGAAGGAAGAGCUUGUCAACGGAGGCUAUUAUACGCCUGUAGGCAAGCAUAGGCCCAACAAGUGGUCAAAGGAUGCCGAGGCGGGACGGAAGCUAUGGGAGUGGACAGAGAAGGAGUUGAAGACUGCUGGCUAUUGA